GAGGGGAGAGCAACUGCAGGCAAGAGGAAAAGGGGGCUUUCUGCUACAGUAGCUGCUGCUCUUACAGGGCUCCUUUCGCUCUGUCUCAGACCUCUGAGGCUCUAGACACUGCAAACACCUCAAAAACUGGAGCAUAUCUAAGAAGCCUAACUGUCCAGAAAUUGAAUGAAUGCCUAGAAUGGAAUGGGGAAUUAGGAAAACAUUAAAUGGGCCAAAGCAUCAGCCAGAUGAAACCAGUCAAGGAGUUAAUCAAGGAAAAGUAAAAACCCCUUUAAUUCACAAUCACAUACAUCUUCACUGCCUAAAGAAGGAAAACCUGUUUUGGACAGUGCCUGAGCACAUGACACAGAAGAACAGGGAUGCUGCACCCCAGGAGCUCUUCCUCUGAAACCAGCAGCCAGGAAAGCCAAGCACCAUACGAGACACCAGAACUAUUUGACCUUCAGAGGCUGUUCUGGCUCAGAGGUGGAUCUGACAAUCACGUGGACCAAGUCUGGCCAAACCUUUAUCUGGGAGAUGCAUGGGCUGCUAGAAGUAAAGCAACUCUUCAAAGCCUUAAUAUUACUCACAUCCUAAAUGCAGCAGAUGGGCCAUACAGUAUCAACACAGGAGCCAGAUAUUACAGAGCUCUACAAAUAGAGUACUAUGGAGUAGAAGCAUUUGAUGACCCUUCCUUUGAUUUAAGUAUCUUUUUCUAUGAUGCUGCUAAUUUCAUACACAAAGCCUUAAACACACCAGGAGGUAAAGUGUUUGUCCAUUGUGCCAUGGGGAUAAGCCGCUCAGCAUCUCUUGUGCUUGCCUUUUUAAUGAUCCAUGAGGAUAUGACACUUGUAGAUGCUUUGAAAACAGUGAAUUCUCAAAGGGAAAUCUGCCCAAACACAGGAUUCCUGAGCCAGCUCCGAAACCUGGACAUCAAAUUAAAUGAAGAAAGGAAAGGUGUCAGGAAAUCUGCUUGCAAAUAACCAUGAGAGAGCCCUGCAAAGAGAAAGUCUGAGAAAUUACCAUUGUCUUGUAUAGCUCUUAAAAAUUAAUCCCCUUCUACAAAGUAAGGUGUAAAUUAAAAAUACAGUGUAACACA